UAGCUAAUUUAUGAGUCAAAGUCCACAAAUAAAACGUACAAAUACUAAGUACUUAUUCAACAACCACUUUACUUGUUUCCAAUCACAAAAACAAAAAGCAAAAAGUUAUUGUUUGUUUCAAUUAUUAAGCAAGAAUGAAGCAAAAAAUAGUUAUAAAGUUGUCAAUGGACAAUGAGAAAUGCAGAACCAAAGCCCUCAAAACUGCUGCUGAGGUCAAAGGUGUAACUUCGGUGUCAUUGGAAGGAGAUGAUAAGGAUCGUGUAUGUGUGACCGGUGAUAAUGUGGACAUAGUUUGCUUAGCAAACCAGCUGAAGAAGAAGUUCAACAAUGUCACCAUUCUAACGACGGAGGAGGUGAAAAAGAAAACGGAGGCAGAGAAGAAAAAGGAAAAAGAAGAAGAAAAGAAAAAGAUGAUAGAGGCAUGCCAUGCUGUUUUACACGGUUCUUGCAAGUGCAACAAUUUCAAUUGUCAUGGUAAGUGUAAUUCAUGCACAAAGUGUGAAAGUUCAAAAUGUGAUGGCACAAAUUGUGUUACUAUUUGCAGCUUUAAGUGUGGAAAUUCAAAGUGUGAUGGAAAUAAGUGCAAUGGUUGCACACCUAAGGUUACUUCACCAUGCUUCCAACGAUGUCCUCAAUGGUGCACAUGCUCUAAGUGUUGUGCUCCAUAUCAACCUUAUUGUAAACCCUAUUGGACCUAAUUGUACGGUUGUUUAUGAUCCAAACCCUAAUACUUGCUGCGUCAUGUAUAUGAUAUCCAAGAGUAAGGAUAUCUUGCAAGUAAAAUAAAUGUAAAUUAGUGACGAAAAUUUAGAGAGGAAAAGAUGUGAAAUGCAUCUCUUUAGUUUUUGUCAUUAAAUAUAAUGAUCAAAGAAUUAGUGAAGAAUUUAAUUGUUUUUGUUUCUUCUAUUCCCGUUUAAAC